UCUGAUCUGAAUGAAUUGGAUGGAGAGUUGCAGCGGCAAUAACGAUCAUAAUUCAAUCGUGAAAGCUGUGUGUCGGCUUCUGCCGUCGUCGUUGGGGUCUUGCCAUCUCCGAAGGCUUAUUCGCGGCGACGUUGCUGACAGCAGCUCCGUCGUCGUCUCAAAGAAGAUAUUCUUGCGCCAUGAAAACGACCUCUCUUCUUCAUUAUCGUCUAAUUUCUCAAACCCUAGAAAAGUAGUCCCCUCUCCCUCUGCUCCUAAUAAUUAUUACCAUAAUUAUUAUUCUCCUGCAACUGCAACUGCAACAGCAGCAGCAGCAGCUUAUAAAGGAAUCUGCAGAAAGAGCAGCAGCCGAUUUCCUGGGGAUUCUCUGAAGAAGAACAAGGGGAAAGGGAAAGGGAAAGUGGUGGUUGUGGACACGAGAAAGAGGGUUUCGAAUGUCGUCAGUUCCUCAUCGUACAGUACUGGGGGCGGAUGGUUCAGCAGCAGCGACGAGAAGCCGCGCCGGCACGACGCCGCCGUCGAAUCCGACACUUUUUUCAGCCUGACGUCUUCCAACUCCGCCGCCGGCGACUCUUUCCGCCUGAAAUCCAGCCGGAGAUUCUCGGAAGAGAUCAUGAAACGCAUCGAUGAAAGAGGAAACCGCUCCUUUUCGUCUGUGAAUUCUUCCAAAUCUCGCCGGAGAAGCUUCGCUACGUCGACGUCGGGCAAAGUCGCCGGUGGUAAUAAGAAGAAACUCGAAGCGACCUCCGAUCAUCAAUUGUCGAUCGACCAGAUUUACUACUCCAAAAACGGCGAGUCGGGUUCCCGGCGGCGGCGUCGUCGGCGCCGGAGAUGUAGAAAAAGUCUGGAAGUGGAAUCGGCGGCGGGGAUCCUGAAAGAGAGCUACGCGGUGGAGAAGAGGUCGGUGGAUCCUCGGAGCGAUUUCAGGGCAUCAAUGGUGGAAAUGAUAAUGGAGAAGCAGAUGGUCGGAGCCGGCGACGAAUUGGAGAGGCUGCUGCUGUGUUUCUUGUCGUUGAAUUCACCUUCCUAUCACGCCAUCAUCAUCGAUGUUUUCACUGAGAUUUGCGAGACAUUGUUCACUAAUUAAUUAAUUAGUUAGAAAUGAAUUAAUUAAUGAAUAAUGCAAUGCCCUUUAAUUUUAAUUGUAUUUCUAUGUAUGCAAAUAUUCAUCAUUGUUCUUCACCAUC